CGUUUUGUCUUUAGCGCAAGUAUUUUUUCCCCCUUCAUUCGGAUGAGGUGACUCCAGUUUUUGAAUGUAAAUCCGAAGCUCUCUGACAAGAUGUUCCCAGCAGUCUGUCAUAAGUUUGUCCAUGCCAUGGGGCCAGAUACCAUGAUGCCGGCUCACAGUAUGGAUGCAGCGCAAGAUCUGGACUUGAUGAAGAUUGUGCUUCGGAAAACUAAAAGACGUUAUCUCUUCUGGGAGAAAGUGACGCACACAGUGCUCGAUUUUCAUCUUCAGUCACUCCUGCAGAACAGCCAUGUUGUUCUUGAUGUGCCAUGUAAAACCAAAAAUUUCUGUGAGUUUAAUCCAGAGAGUAAAUAUUCCCUGGAUGGAAAGCUGGGGAUCCAGUUGAUGAAAGAGUUAAUGGAUGCAUCUUUGUCUGCAUCAGACUCUGUCACUAUUUCUUCUAAACUAGGAACCAUUGAAGAAAAAGCAUUAGAUUCUGAGGCACUGCUGGAAGCACUCAAGGGAAGGAAGUUGGAUAUGAACCACACUAUUGUGAGACAAGUUCUAGGGAGCAGUAAGCAGUCUAUCAGUCUGUGCAUUGUCAAUGAUUUAUACCUAGUGCAGAAGGAUGCAGAAAUUAAGAGAGUUCUCUCAAUUGAUGAAGAAAUGGAUGUCAAUGAAAAGAUAAAGAUAGUGCCUGGUGACAUCAAUGAGAAAUUUCAUCGUGACAAAACAGGCGACAUUGUAGUCCCUGCUGGCACUCCUGUGGCAUACAAAGUCUGGGAACUCCAAGUCAGGGCCAGUGAUGGGAGCAUCACUCCCAUGACCCUACCUACAGGCAAGGGAGGCUUCCUGGGUAGCCCUGCCAAAGACUAUGCCGACAGUGUUGAUCUAAAGAAAGCAUCUGGCAAUAAAGGGCAAGAAAUAGUGGCAGAUACAUUAAAACCUUUGGUGACCAUGAAGGAAACUGAGAGACAAGCUUUGAUUGCAGCUUUUAAGACUAUCAUGGGAAAUCAAGCAGAAAUCAGGAAGCUGGAACAUUUGCUCAGUGAUGUAGAAGCAGGGGAGUUUAAAGAAGUCUCUUUUUCAGAAUGGAUGGAAAAUUGUUCUUCUGAGGAAAAUGUUUUCAAGACAGUUCUAACAUCAAGUGGAUUCAUAAUCAAGGGGGAUGUGCUUCAGUACCCCUCAUCCCCCAGCAACAUCCUGUCAGCUUGUGCCUAUCUUUUUGGGGCAUUACAUGAAUUUAAGAAGCAAGAACUACAGCAACUUGUCUCCCUUGAAAAAGAGGCAGGAAUAGCCCUUGUAGAAAUUUGCUCCCAGGCAAUUGAUGGAGAAAGUACCAUAUUGGUACCAAAUUUAGCUGAAGUUUUAAGUAAAGGGACAUCUGGUCAAAACCUUGCAGAGUCAUUGGGAUUCAAGAUGGAUGAUGACAACAACACAGUUACUGCCCCUAGUCAGAUUUCUAAAAUUUUUGAAAGCAGUUACUGGACCUUGUACGCAUUCUUUAAAUGAAUUAUACCUCCUUGUAACAUUAAUGAAUUUUACUUCUCAAUGCUUUUAAGGUAUGUCACUCGUCAGCCUUUUAGAAAAGUUCAGUCAGAACCUCUUACUUAAAAACUAUUUAUUACAAUUCAAUCUCUAUAACAUAUUUAAAUUAAACAAUGUAAAAUGUUCAACAUUCAAUUAAAAAACUGCUCAAAAAUUCAUAAAGAAGCAAGAUUUAUAUGGGACUAUUUCUUGUGGUGGAAGGAUAUUUAGCAGAAAUUUCUGCAAAUCUACACAUUUAUUUAAUAGAUUUAAUAUCUUGGAACUUUAGCCUCACAUACUUUUACUCAGAGAAUAUUUUUUGUUAUGAUAUGCCUAGAAUAUUAAAUAUAGGUCUCAAUUUAUAUUUUUAUAACAAAAUUUACACCAUUGCUCAACAAAUUUUGCCAAGAAAUGAAGAUAUAUUAAAGAAGUCAAGAUAAAAUUUACACAUUUUUUGCCAGAAAAUCGCAUAUUUUGACCAAUAUUUCAAAAUUUACAUCACUGACUCCAACUUUUUCUUUCAUUAUUUUAAACUACUCGAUACUUUUGACCGAUCAGCACUUAAGUCGUAAAAAGUUUGAUACAAGAAAAUAUUCUAUUGCCUAUUUAGAUUUUUAAUAUCCCAAAUAUGAGACUUUUUUAGUGCAAAAAGGUCACACAAUAAUUUACGCGCAUUAAUUUGCAUGAUUUGUUCAAUGAUAAAUAUUAUUCAGACUAUUUUAUGUAAAUUAAGAUUAUGUUUAUUGCCAUGGUUACAUCUGAUAAAAUAUGAUAACGGUUAAAGUGAUUAACCAAAGAGUUACAAUUUAAGUGCAAAAAGGUCAACUUAAUUGUACCGUAGCUCAGUUAUAUGCACACUGACCCCCCAUUUUCUCUGCGAUUUUGAGUCAUACUAUAUGAGUACUUAUCCAAAAUAUACUUCUCAAAAAAUUCUUGAUAUAACAAAUUUCACGAGUGUCAUACCUUAAAUGCAAGUUCACGUAUCUGACAUUUUAAGAGCUAUUCUCUGUUACCAAUUUUUGGGCACAAAUGGUCACAAAUUUUGAUGAAACUUUGCCAAUUAUUACAACUUGACGCCAGGAACAUAUAAUAUAUAAAAAAACAAAUAAAAUAUGUGUCUUGGUUGCCAUGGUAACAGCAGAAAAAGUUUGAAAAAAUUGAGAUUUUCAGUUACUUUGAAUCUUUAUUAAGCCUAAAGAAAGAUUAAGAAAAUCAAACAAACCACUCUCAGAAAAACAUUACACCCUGUUGCCACUUAUGCUAUAAAGAAACUAUAAAAAAUACAUGUAUAUAUCUAAAUAAGUGGUUUUAUAAAAAGAACUUACAAUUAAGAUCAAAAUCUAGUUUUGCAAUUUAUUUUAUUCUUUACAUUGAUUAAAUUGCUGGUUCAAUGUGAAUAAGAAUUCAACUAUGUAAAUUAAUAUAAUCAUAAUCUAACAAAAAUGUUAAGAUUGCAAGAUUUAAGACCCAUGUAAAAUUUUUAGACUUAGUCAUAAGUUCCUUUGUAAAACACGGCCCAGUGGUUUAAAGUAGAUAUUGGGUAAUUAGUUACCUUUUAAUCAAGAAACAUUAUUUGACUCACCUUGAAUUGUAUUUAUCAAAUAGAUCUAAUCUGAUAAAAUUGAAUUUCCUAGCAAUACUGAACCCAUGUGGUAGCUUCUUGCACCCAUUUAGAGACUGUGUGGUAGUCAAAAUUGAAAGUCAGGUUAGUUGUUCUUAAAUACCAAUCAUAAAAGUAUGGGGAAUCUACAUAUAAAGGUAUAUAUCCAGUGAUACAAAAUAUUCUGCAGCUUUUUUUUAAACAUUUUUUCCCGAUAAUAUCCAUAUCAAUUAAAGCUCUAUUUUAAGAUUUUUUGAAAUGUGGAAAUAAGGACCACAUCAUUGCCUUUAAAAGUAAAUCACCAGUUAUAUAGAAAAGUGCUCUUUAAAAAGAUAGGAUCAGAUUAAAACAUACCGAGAGUAUUUGCAGUAUUAAAACCACAGCAACCAUUCCCAACCAAUAAGAAUUAUCACAUAUAGCAACCACUGCCAACCAAUAAGAAAUAUCACAUAUAACAACCACUGCCAACCAAUAAGAAAUAUCAUAUUUUUUCUUUGGAAUAUGUUACAAGGAUCUCCAUUAUUUGGCUGCACUACUUGCUUUUAUUUUUGAGUGUAUGACUUUAUAAAAAUGAAUUUAUAAAAUUAUUACUUUUGAAUACUUUGUUUCCAUAGUAAUGUGUGUAAUAGUUGGUUUCCCAAAUAUGCUUUAUGUACAUUGUGUAUUUAAUUAAGACAUCAAACCUUCAACUUUUGGAAAUAGUCAUAGUUACUUUUCUGCAUUGCUGCGUUAGCCAUGGGACUCUGAACAUGUUAAAAAAUGCCAUUUUUCAAACUAUAGGGCAUCUUGCCAUGGUCACCAUGACACAUAACAACCAAAUUUUCAUGGAGCUUCAUGCUUUUUGUUUUUAUGAAGAGACCCACAAAUUUAUGUCCUCCACAAAAUUUUAAAAUUUUAAACUGCAGUAUUAUUUGUUUGUCCUUCAAUCAUAAAAUCAAAUUCCCAUGACUCAAUUUUUUUUUCCUCAAACCAUGAAAAUUUGCUCCCACGAAAAUAAGCGAUUUUACAGUAUUUCAUAAGUAAAGGGGAAAAGCAAUGUUUAUAAUACCUGUACAUAUAUACAUCACCUUGUGAUAUUUUUAUCUGCCAUAUUUUGAAUAGAUCUAACUCAAAGUAUUCUGGUUUCAAACAUAUUAUAUGCCGUACAAAAUGGAAUUAAAUGAAUUAACUCUGAAA